AUGUCAUUGCUGAUAUCUAUCUAUCUAUCUAUCUAUCUAUCUAUCUAUCUAUCUAUGUCAUUGCUCAUAUCUAUCUAUCUAUUUAUCUAUCUAUAUCAUUGCUCAUAUCUAUCUAUCUUUACUCUUAAAAACAAAGAUGGUUGUCGUUGCCAUUCAAUGAUUGCUGUGCAUUCUUUCUUUCUUUCUUUCUUUCUUUCUUUCUUUCUUUCUUUCUAUUUCUUGCUUUUUAAUCUACUUUCCUUCCUUCUUUCCUUCUUUUUUCUAUCUUUCUUUCUUUCUUUCUUCUUUCCUUCUGUCCGUGCAUUUUUUCUUCCUUUUAAUUUCUUUCUUUCUUUCUUUCUUUCUUUCUUUCUUUCUUUCUUUCUUUCUAAUUUCUUUCUUUUUUUCAGUAAUUCUUUCCUUCCAUCUUUUUCAGCUGUGAAUUCUUUCUUUCUUUCUUUCUUUUUUUUUAAACUACUUUCCUUCCUUCUUUCCUUCUUUUUUCUAUCUUUCUUUCUUUCUUUCUUCUUUCCUUCUCUGUGCAUUCUUUCUUUCUUUCUUUCUUUCUUUUUAAUCUACUUUCCUUCCUUCUUUCCUUCUUUUUUCUAUCUUUCUUUUUUUCUUUCUUCUUUCCUUCUAUUUUACUUUGGCUAUUAUUUCUUUUGUUCACUUUCUUCCAUUCUUUCUUUCUUUCUUUCUUUCUUUCUUUCUUUCUUAGUUUGUCUUUCUUUCUUUCUUUCCACUUCUGUUAGUCUGCCUCUUGCCCUCACCCCUGCCUGUCUCCUACAGUUGUUUUUCUCAAUUUUGCCAAACCAUCCAAUCAUUCAGACCUGGAGACAUCUUUUCCUAACCCAUCCCACUUACAUAUUCCGUCUGCCCAGCCAUGUCCCCACAUAUUUUAAAGCACUCAACCCUUUCCCAUUGCCUUCUUUGUCCAGGUCUCUUUUUGCUCUUUGCUUCCUCAUCCACUUGUUUACCUGUUUCUGGGUCCUACGUUUACUUGCAUUUUCCCCAUUCUCUUUUGCUGGCCCUACUGUCUUCAUCCCCCUCCCCAUCUCUUAUUCUAUCAUCCAAUACUCCCAAAAGUUUCUGCAAUACACUGCAGAACAAAAAAGGUAG